UUACCAAAAAAAAAAAGCCUUUUCUUGCCAACCUUUACAUCGGCUUCUACUUCUAAGACAUCUCCCAAAAAAAAAAUCCUCAGACAAGCAAGCAGAGAGAGAGAGGCGGCAUGGCGGAGAUUUUGGUUGUUUGUUUGAUCAAAAAGUUAGCUUCCACCUUCACGUCGGCGGCAAUGAGACGGGUGGUUUCCCGGGCCGCAUCGUUGCGACAACUUGAGCAAAAAAUUCGUGGAAUCAUGAGGAAUCUGGAGUUGAUGCGGGCCUUUCUAAGUUAUGCCGACAAAUACAGAGCCAACGACGAACUGAUGGGCGUCUGGGUGAACCAAGUGAGGGAGAUCGCUUACGACAUCAACAUCCUUGCCGAUGAGUUCACCUAUCUAACUUCUGGGCAAAGCCGGAGAACCCUCAAGAGCCACCUCUACAGUGCCUUCACCAGUCCACAGAACACCAAGGCCUUGCAUCAUCUCUUGAAUGAUCUAGAAAAUAUCAGGAAAGAGCUUGAUCGACUUUUAGAAACUGAAGAAAAAUACGGCUUUAGGAUGACAGGAGGAUCGCCUAGUUCGAACAAAAGCUUGCAUCUCGCAGAAUCAGCACAUUUCAUCCAGGAAGAGGAGAUGGUGGGGUUCGAUAAGCACACAGAUCUGCUCAUGAGAUGGCUAAUGGAUGCGGAGUCCCAGCGCACCGUGAUCUCCGUGUGGGGUAUGGGAGGCGCUGGCAAGACCGCCCUGGUCACCACUGCGUACAGAGCCGAGAUGGUCGUCAGCCACUUCGGCUGUCGUGCGUGGGUUUCUGUGUCUCAAAGUUACGACGCCCAUGACCUGCUCAAAAGAAUCAUAUUGGCACUGCACCCGGAGAGAGGGCAGGCCAAUCAUCCGCACAGGCUGGAUUCUAUUCCUUCCCGGGGACUCGUGGAGAUACUCAAGUCACUUGUGCAUCCUAGGAGGUACCUAAUUGUCUUGGAUGACGUGUGGCAUAAAGAAGUUUGGGAUGAUGUUGGUAGUGCGUUGUUCGAUAAUGGUUGUGGGAGCAGAGUCGUCAUUACCACACGGAACCAGGAAGUUGCUUCAGCGGCGGUUGAUAUCCGGGUUAUGAAACUUGAGCCAUUGCAAGAAUACGAUGCAUGGACACUGUUCCGCAAGGAAGCAUUUGGGAGAGAUAACGAUGGAAGCUGUCCUCCAGAACUGGAGGGUUUGGCUAGAAGAAUAGUGGAGAAGUGUGAUGGCUUGCCAUUGGCUUUAGUGUCUAUAGGAAGGCACAUCUUACGGACCGAAGAGACAAAGAUGGCAUGGAAGAGCAUUCUUGAUGGUCCAGCAUGGGGGAAGAGAGCGAACCUGGAUCUCCUCAAGAUCUCUACAAACUUAAACCGCAGCAUCGAUGGCCUACCGCAUCAACUCAAGAACUGCUUCCUAUAUUGCAGCAUAUUUCCGAAAGGCCAUGUCAUCAAAAGAAAAUCUUUGAUCAGAUUAUGGGUGGCAGAAGGAUUUGUACGGGAAGGUGCAGAGCGCACAGCAGAG